CCCGCAGACUUGAGCUCUUGGCUGCCCCUUCCAGUCUUGUCUGGUUGUCUGGCUCAAUCCGGCGCCGGAUAUCGAGCCUCGGUCGACGACGGUCUGAGCCCCGGCGACCCUCGAAACGGACUCUUCUGCUCCGGCGCCCUGCCACCCCUCGGCCUCGACCCACCCGACCGGACCGACUGCCCACCCCGGGCCGAUGACGCCGUCCAGAUGCCACACCUCUUCCACGAACCAAACGGUCUCGCAGGUCUCAGCACCGCCGGCCAGAGCGAAGACGGACUCGAACUAGUCGGUCGUAUUGGCGUCAGUAGUGCCGAAGCCGUGACCUUGGAGCCGGACCUGCAGUCGGCCUGCUUGCCCCGGUUCGUGAGGAUAGACAGACACACUUACAAACUCUCUUGGUGCACAAAUGUGGCAUGGUCUCGUUUUCGCAACUUGGUCGUGUUGUUAGGGCCACGUAGUUGGACGCACCUUGUCCGCACUCCUCUGCUAUAUCAGUUAACAUAG